AUGGAGAAAGAGCCAUUCUCUGAGUCAGAAAAGCGUUUUGUUGUGACACAAAUACUCAAGGCGAGCUCUAUACCCCUCGAGCGACUAGUAUUACUCUUGAGCGACUGUCAUCAGGAACCUCAUUGGGAACAUAUCUAUCUUCCCCCAGGGCGAACUCUUCAAGAGUGUAAAGAUGCGUUUGAAGCAUUGAUAUCAUCUCAUUUCUCGCCCUAUCCAGGGACUAGUAACCAUACGUCUACCAAGUACUGCUAUCAAAAACGUAAACCGGAAACUGAAGCUGUAGGUCCCCAGGCUUUAGUGCCAAAGGAUCAUAAAAGACGAUCUUCAGGAAUUCGAAAUCUAGAGAAAAGCAGUCAGCAGCACAUUCUUCCAAAGCCACCCUCAAAAGAGAUCUCAAUAUCUACAACCAAUCUACCUUCAACUCAGCUAUUGGCGAAGAAGCGUGGUAGACCGUCAAAAGCUGAAAAUGAGCGCCGGCAAAGUGAAUUAAUGGCACGCAGGGAAUUAAUUGCACCCACAAAUUCUAGUUUUUAUUCAAUUUCACAAGCUACGAGUGAAGGUCUUAGUACUACUGCUGGUUAUACACUUAUUGCGCCUGCACCUGCUAGUACGCACAGUCUAGGACCCUACGAUAGCAGCUAUAUGGCCCAGAACUCACCAGAAGUUGCCUUAACUCGGCCACAAGUGGCUGGGUCUGGUUCUUUGACUACUCCAUUUACUCGUUCAGCUCAAUUCGAUAAUGAAAAACUGCUUCUACAUGGAUCAGCUAGUCCACUGACAGGGCAAGCUCGUGCUACUGGAAGCCCAGCAUCAGGCAUUAAUUCUCGAUCUGGUCCUUUGAAUUCUGAAAUCCAGAAAACCGACCCUGUAUUAACUCAAGCUUUUCCUCGGGAGUUAACCAAACCAUCAUGA